AUGAGAACAAGGACAUUGCUGAGUGUUGCAUCGGGGUUCAUGAGUUUCUCCUGCGAGGCUGUGCGGAGUUGUGCAGAGAUCCAGUGUGAUGAAGACCAGCGAUGCUGCACCCAAAACAGCAGCAGCAGCAUCACGUCCGUCCAUCAGUUCCCUCUGCACACUUUCCUGGACAAUCUGGAAUGGAUUGUCCGUAAACUGUCGGGACUGCUGAUCCUGCUCUUGCUCUUCGUGGUGGGUUAUUUCAUUCAGCGUGUCGUAUGUCCGCGUCCCCGCCGUCAGACGCCCGAGGAGCCAUCACUUCUGCAUGGACACGCGUCCCAGGACUCCCUCACAGGGGACUUCAGCUCCCCGGUGCUGCUGCUUCCCACGUAUGAGGAGGUGAAUUAUCUGCCCACAUAUGAGGAGAUUAUGAUGGAGGUGAAUGGAGACAAUCAGAACUCAAACACAGGAGCGAUAGAGGAAAGACGAGCAACAUUGCAAACAUCUAGAAGACCCAUAAACUCUCUAUAA